CACUACAAUUUUAAAACCUACAAAAACAUUUUCUUGCCAACACACACAACCUUAAACACCAACAAUAUAACCUUCACUCCCUCUCUCCUUUGCCCCUCCCUCGUUCUCUCUCAAAACCACCACUUUCUCUCUCUCUCUCGGCCAGGAAAAACCCCAUUUUCCGGUGGCGGGAAGGAAGUUCGACCGUUCGGUUUUACUUGGUUUUUCUUGCCUUUUCUGUUACCGACUUUUCAAAUACUUGAAGGUUCGUUAUAAUGAUGAAGGUGCAGGCUCCUCCGAGGAAAACAUCAUUUACUGAGGUUUUACAAAGAGUUUAUAGUAAUCUUGGGUCCGUUAGCAGUAAUAGUGAUAGCAGCAGCAGCAGCGACAGCUAUAAUUGCAACAAUCUACAAAAGCUUAAGUAUUAUAUCCAAGAGAGUGACGAUGAUUUUGAAGAGGAAGAUGGGACCAUGGAACUUGUUCAAAUUGGUGCUGAGAGAGCCAAGAAUGUUUUGAUCCUUAUGAGUGAUACAGGUGGUGGUCAUCGUGCUUCUGCUGAAGCCAUUCGUGAUGCUUUCAAGCUUGAAUAUGGUGAUGAAUACAGGAUAAUUGUGAAGGAUGUUUGGAAAGAGUACACAGGCUGGCCAUUGAAUGAUAUGGAGAGGCAAUACAAAUUCAUGGUGAAACACGUACAGCUAUGGAAGGUGGCAUUUCACAGUACUUCUCCAAGAUGGAUACACUCCAGCUAUCUUGCCGCUAUCGCUGCCUACUAUGCCAAGGAGGUGGAGGCUGGUCUAAUGGAGUACAAACCGGAUAUAAUUAUCAGUGUUCAUCCCAUGAUGCAGCAUAUUCCUUUGUGGGUUCUGAAAUGGCAAGGCUUACAAAAGAAAGUGAUUUUUGUUACAGUCAUCACCGACCUCAAUAGCUGCCAUCCUACAUGGUUUCAUCCUGGGGUGAAUAGAUGCUUCUGCCCAUCAGAGGAGGUUGCCAAGAGGGCUGCAUUAGAUGGCCUAGAAGAUUCUCAGAUUCGUGUUUUUGGUUUGCCUAUCCGGCCAUCUUUUGCUCGUGCAGUUCUUUCAAAGGAUGAGUUAAGAGAAGAGCUUGAACUGGACCCUAGUUUGCCUGCGGUUUUACUGAUGGGAGGUGGUGAAGGUAUGGGUCCUGUUAAGAAAACUGCAUUGGCUCUUGGAGAAUCGUUGUUUGAUAAAGAACUUGGGAAACCACUUGGGCAAUUGAUCAUCAUUUGUGGCCGUAAUAAGGUUCUUAAAUCUACAUUGGAAUCUCAUGAAUGGACAAUCCCAGUUAAGGUUAGAGGAUUUGAGACACAGAUGGAGAAAUGGAUGGGAGCUUGUGACUGCAUAAUUACAAAAGCUGGACCUGGCACUAUUGCAGAAGCAUUGAUAAGGGGGCUACCUAUUAUUCUCAACGACUACAUUCCGGGACAAGAAAAGGGAAAUGUUCCUUAUGUGGUAGACAAUGGGGCUGGUGUCUUCACCAGAAGUCCUAAAGAAACAGCAAAAAUUGUGACAGAAUGGUUUUGCACGAAAACAGAUGAACUUGAAAGAAUGUCAGAGAAUGCACUCAAACUAGCCCAACCGGAGGCUGUUUUUGACAUCAUAAAGGACAUUCAUGAACUCGCACAAGCACGCGGUCCUCUUGUGAAUAUCCCUUAUGUAUUGACAGCAUCUUUCACAAGCAUAAUCUGAUCAAUGAAACCUUCACUGUCCAGUGUGCACCAUCAACCAUGACCAAGGUUUGUCAGUACUAGAAUGAAAUGUAUAGCUAGUUCUAAUAGUGCCAUUCUUUGUCCUUAAGAGUCUAUGAGUACCAACUAAUGGGAGAGUGAAUUCUUCUAAGAACAUGUUCUGAUGUUCGUAAAGGUUGUGAUUCUUUUAGGGUAUUUUUUGGGAGGAGUUAGUGGUCUGGUGAAACUUGACUGUGUUGUAUAAUCUUUUUCUUAAUAGUUCCUUAGGAUAUUGAAUCAUGCUUCCCUCUUCAGUUUAACCCUGGCAUAAUGGCAUUGAUUGCUUGAAAUUUUA